UCCCAAUUUGAAACUUCAUCCACCAUAUCCAUGUGAAGGCGGUUAUUAUCGGGAAGAAUCUAUACUGUUAUUAAGGAAAUUUUUCGUUAGAGAAAAUGAAAAUGUACCAAAGAAAAAAAUUAAUCGAGUUUUAAAAACUGAGAUUAAACCGAUAGAGCA